UAUAGGUGUAUAUAUUUGGUUAUUGUGACUAUGCACGCCUACCUGCUCGCUCUCUAUGCAAUUUUCUGCAAAUGUACAUUUCUCUUCUGUUGCCAAACCAAAAGAAAUAAUUGGGCAAAAUAAGGUUGGUCUCCAGUUUUUCAACGAACAAUCGGCACUUAUCCUGUAGCUUGCUUCUUCAAAGUGCUUUGCAAAUGAAUGUGAGCCAAAGAGCGGUCUAGGGCAAUCAGGGACAGGGCUGGCCUCGGGGGUGAGCUACCCUGCAAUCGCCUAGGGGGCGCUGUGUGGCAGUAGAGGUAUGCACUGCCAGUGUAGAGUCAGAAGCUGCUCACAGCUGGCAGGGGAGUGCUCUGUGGGGGGCACUCAGAUUUCUCCCAGUCACUGCUUCUUCCCACCAGAGGAACAUGGUGGGUAAGUAAUGCACAGAUACUGCUUUCCCCUCCUCCCCCCCCCCCAUCAUAAACAGACAGUUAAGGGUUAAUGCCUCUUUUACCUGUAAAGGGUUAAGAAGUUCACCUAGCCUAGCUGACAUCUGACCAGGGGAACCAAUGGGGAGGGGGAGGAGGAGGGGACACAAGAUUUUUCAAGAGGAAGGAUGGAAGUUUUUCCUUUGCUCUCUUCAUUAAGUUCUGUGCCCGAGUGAAAAGAUCCAGGAAUCAACCAGGGUAUGUUGCCGGCCGGCACAGGGGCCCGAGGACAGCAACAGUGGGGUUCGGGGCCGGAGUGCUUCACGCCAAUAAACAUACGGGGUGGAGAAACAAUCAAAGCUUAUUUGAGAUCUCAAAGUGGUGCAAGGAGACAGGUUGUAUACCUAAGGUGAAGUUUUUCUUACCAUGUGGAAAAAUAGAGGUCGGACCGGUAGAAAGAGAAGAAGAAAACAAUUUAGUAGUUUGCCUUCAAAUGGAGUAAACCAGAGUCACAUACUGGAAUAUAUACAACUUAGGAAGUGGCUGAAAGAGAGGGGGUUUGAUGACCGUAAUUUAAGACCAGCACAGUUUUCAGAUACGGGAAGAGGCCUAAUGACCACAAAAGCCUUUCAGGCAGGGGAAGUGAUUAUUUCGUUGCCGGAGAAAUGCUUGCUCACCACUGGUACUGUCCUUAGUAGCUACCUUGGGGAAAACAUUGCAAAGUGGAAGCCUCCCAUAUCUCCUUUGAUAGCACUGUGCACAUUUUUAAUAGCAGAGAAAUAUGCUGGUGAGCAAUCUGUGUGGAAGCCUUAUCUUGAUGUUUUACCAAAGACCUAUACGUGCCCUGUUUGUUUGGAUCAAGAAGUAGUGAGACUUCUUCCUGAGCCCUUAAGAAGGAAGGCUCAGGAGCAAAGAACAGUGGUCCAGGAACUGUAUACCUCUUCCAAGUCUUUUUUCUCUUCUCUGCAGUCUUUGUUUACUGAGAAUGUAGAAACUGUUUUUAACUACGAUGCCCUGCAGUGGGCUUGGUGUACCAUUAAUACUAGAACAGUGUACAUGAAGCAUUCACAGAGGGAAUGUUUCUCUAGAGAACCAGAUGUUUAUGCACUAGCGCCUUAUUUAGAUCUGCUAAACCACAGUCCAAAUGUUCAGGUAAAAGCUGCAUUUAAUGAGCAGACAAGAUGUUAUGAAAUCAGGACAGAGUCACAUUGCAGAAGACAUGAAGAACUGUUUAUCUGUUACGGGCCUCAUGAUAACCAGCGACUUCUGCUAGAAUAUGGAUUCGUUGCCAUCAACAACCCACAGAGUGGGGUUUAUGUCUCAGCAGAUAUCCUUCUUAAACAUCUCUUUUCAACAGACAAGCAGAGAAAUAUGAAGCUUUCCAUUCUAAAGGCUCAUAACUUGUUAGAAAAUUUGACGUUUGGAAGGGAUGGGCCAUCAUGGAGACUCCUCACAGCUCUCAAGUUGUUAUGUCUUGGAGCAGAUGAAUUUACCUACUGGAAGAAAGUGCUGCUUGGUGAUAUAAUUUCAGCCAGAAAUGAAGAGAGGAGUUUGAACAUAGCGGCAAAAAUAUGCUUUUCUUUAAUAGAGGAGACACAGCACAGCCUUCACCAGAUUUCCCAAAUGAAAAAGGACAAGGUGAACCUUGAAAACCAGCUGGCUUUGGUAGAAGUACUGCGCCUGGAAGAUCUGACGAUCCUGCAAACAUCAGCAGAAAUUCUGUACAACUUGCACCCUGCAAUAACUUGACCUGUUCAGAAAGCAGACCCUGACUGUCACAGCACAGUGGCUUUCACUUACCAGGAGCUAGAGGCCUGCUUGACCCAAACAUUUUUGAUGACCAGUAGCAUCAAGGAAUAAUGUAAAAUUAUGGUGGAAAAGCUGUCCAGUUUCAUUUAUGGGUGUUGACAUCAGCCAUAGGGACAUAUUCUGUGCCUCUUCUCCUGAGAGGCGCAGCCUAGAAAAUGCAGCGGGCAAGAGUGGCUUUGUCACCUUUGUCAUCUAGAUUCUGGGCUGCUGUGGGGACCAAAACAGCUGGAAUAAUUAGAGCAGUUCCAGGGGCUGAUGGAACUUCAUCUGCCUGGGGACUGGACUAUAGUCCAGAAUUUCCAUAGUGCCAAGCAGCUACUCCCUGGUAUGUCCCUACUUUUGUGGCUUACAUGGGAGGGCAGUGCAGAGCUACUUGCCUCACCCUAUGUUAUUUGUGUGCGAGGGCCAUCCUCUGCUGACCCUUUUGUAUCUCAUUUAUGGUCCCUGGACUUUGCUGGGAUGAUUAUAUAAGGUCUGGAGCACAGGCCAUGUCAGCCCCACAAUGACUCAAAAACAUUCAUCCAAUGCCCAACCCAAAUGCAUGUAUAGUACACUGAUGCUGGAGGCUCGGGUGGUGGCCGUCAUGCAGAAGUGUAGAUUUCCCUCCCCCCAUUUAAAAAAACUCCUCCAGAUUGUUGCCAGCCUAUGUGAUUAUUGCUCCUCCUCUGAACAAGAAACAGAUGUGCUUGAGUUUAUUUUGAGCUGUGGUGUUGUAAUAGUUUGCACGUUGGCUAUUCAGGAAAUCCACUCUGAUGCAUUCUACCAGUCCUGAUUGUCACAUGGAGAAAUUUCCCUCUCCUGUCCCCUUUUUGCCUUUUCCUGAUCGAUCUGGCUGGACUUCAUAGUUGUUGGAGGGUUAGGGUAACUAUUGACAUUAGGGCCAUACCUGUGUGAAUGGUCUUGUAUCUUAUUAUUUUUUUGUGUGCUUUCCUGCAGGCCCUCGGUCUCUCACUUCUGUGUUUUCUAGUAUGGAUCUGCUGCAUGUCAACAAUUUACUAAUACCCUAGUAGCUUUGGAAAAGCUAAUGUGGGAUAAAGUCUUGGUCAAGGGAGAUAUGUGAGGUGAUGGGCAAAGCUUGAAGAGGAAAGGAAAGAGGAUAUCUUAGGUUCCACGGCUAUGGGAUCGGUAUAAGGACAUAGAUAAAUGGCUACAAAGUCAGUUGAAAACUGUCAUGUGCACAGGGCCUGUAUAAUUUGGGAGUUGGCUGACUCACAGAGUUAGAGGCAAAAAGGGACACUUUGAGCAUCUAGUCUGACCUACUGUAUAUCACCGGCCUCUAAAUUUCACGUAGUUACCCCUGUAUUUAGCCUAAUAACUUGUUUGACUAAAGCCUAUCUUCCACUUUGGCAUCCAGUCUUUACUUGAAAACAGUAGAAAUGGAGAAUCCACCCAUGGUUCCAGUGGUUAACCACAGUCACUGCUAGAGAUUUGUGCCUUAUUUCCAAGUUGAAUUUGUCUGGCUUCUGCUUCAAGCCAUUGGUUCUUGCUAUGCCUUUCUCUGCUAGUUUAAAGACCCUAUUAGUACCCAGUCUUUUCUCCCCAUGAAAGAACUUGUGCAUUGUAAUCAAGUCACCUCUCAAUCUUUUUUGAUAAGCUUAACAGAUUGAGCUCUCGUAUCUCAUUGUGAGGCAUUUUCUCCAGCCAUUGAAUCACUUUUUUGGGGCUCUUUUCUACACCCUUUCCAAAUUUUCUACAUUGUUUUUUAAAUUGUGGAUACCAGAACUGUAGGGGCAGAAUUCUAGUAUCAGUCUCACCAAUGCUGUGUACAGAGGUAAUAUCUUCCCCUUAUUCCUACUAGUAACUUUGCAUUUGUCUGUAUUAAAAUGCAUUUUGUUUGAAUGGGGCCAGCUUUACCAAGCAAUCCAGAUAACUUUGCAUGACUGCCCAAUCCUCAUUAUUAUUUAUCACUAUGCCAAUCUUUUUGUGUCAUGUGCAAAUUUUAUCAGCAGUGAUUUUUUUUUUUAUAUUUACUUCCAGAUCAUUGAUGAAAAUAUUGACUAGCGCUGGGACUAGUAGCAAUAUCUGCAAAACCCCACUAGAAACAUUGCCUGAAAGAUUGCCUCUCAAAGAAUAUGUCUGUGGCCUGUGGAGUACAGGCACUACACGUGUAGCUACAUGCUGCAGUGAAAGGCAAGCUGUAUAAACACCUGUUGCUGUGGGGUAGAGCUACAGGCUGCAGUGAAAGUCUCCAGCAGCAGGGAGUGGGAAAAGGCUCUGGCAGUGGAGAAGCUGCUGGAAUCUCCCUGGUGCUUGAGCCUCUCACUGUGUAGGGAAAAGACUUGAACACUGUUAAAAAUAGCAGCAUAGAUGUGGGUGUGUAGAGAGCCUGUGUUGGGUGUAUACACCGUGUGGUUCAAGUGUGUAGGACACUCUACUCGCCUAAGCAGUUCCUCCUCAUUUACACUGCUGUUUAUAUGUGUGCUAGCGGGGCAUGCAGUGUCUCUACGUUUAUGGCAGCAUGUAGACAUACCUUAAGUGUUACAUCGCCACAGUUCAGAUCAACAGAGGUACCAGAGCUAGAGUUCUUUCAUUUUAAAUAGGAGGACAUUCUCUUAGAAGGUCUCUCUCCUCUAUAAUUUGCUUCCCCCCUAACCACACUUGGUCCACCAAUGCCUGAAUUUAUUAACCUUUCCAUCAUGCUUCAAGACACUUCUGUUCAUCUGGACAUUUGGAAAAAUGGGUUGAGGGAGAAUUUUAUUUUUGUAAGAUAAUUACUGAAAUGGGAUGAACGGUCUAGAUGAUGAUGUAAAUAAAAGAGACUAUCUGGGAA